CCGAGCCUUUGGCGCCGGCGCCGUGCGCAGUAUUAUUGUAGUUCCCACAGCACAUCAAGAUGGCGGCUGCGGCCUCGGCUGGUCCCGGAGCCUCGGGCUCGGUUCGGGGCCGGUUUCCGGGCCGGCCGUGGGUCGGGAGGACCGGGAGCAGGGCUGACAGGGCUCGGGUGCCGUUUCAAGCUGCCGGGGAGAGCCCGGACCCCGCGCAGCUCCGGAUUCUUGGACUUCAUCUGAACAUGAAGCGCCUGGCGGGGGCCUGCGGACAGGACAGCGGAGACAGUGACAGCACCGAGGAUGAAUUUAUGGGAUUCAGUGGCGAUGAAGGCUCCGCGGAAAGCACCGUCCGCUCGGCCCCGAGAUCAGAUAAAGGAGAAAGUUCCAAGCCGAAAAACUCUUUGGUAACUAAGGUUUCCCCGACUAAGCUUGAGUUCUGUUCUGUGGACCUUUCCAAGACUAUUUUUACCCCCGAGAAGGUGAUCCGAGUGCAUCUCACGCCGAUCGACCCAUCCAUGUACGGCUUGGGAAAAUCCUCGAUCGUCUUUCGUCCGAGCGAGAAGCAGGAGGCCUCCAAAAAGCAGACAUCUCCUCUUCCCGCCUGUUCGGCUAAAGCUCCCGGAAAAGGACAAAAAGACGGUGUAACUACCUCCCCAGGGCGGCGCGACGCCUCCGACGAUGCUCCGAAAGCCAGAGGACGACCGAGAGGCAGCAAGAAAAUGGCGUUGACCCCUCGCCAGCGUAAAAGAUCAUCUUUGAGGCUUAGCCCAGCUGUCCAGCGCGAGGAGGCCGUCGCGAAUGAAAGCACAGAUAGCCCCCUUAGAGAGAUUCCUCUGAGCCAGACAAAAAGCCGAGCGAGCAGAGGCAAGGGACGGGUAUCCGCCAAGAAAGUGCCUCCGAAAACACCCGAGAAAGGGCAAGACCUGUCUCCGCCUGCCCCCCCGCAAGCUACUGAUGUACAGAAACCCAGACGCAGGUCUGGGAAAGCCAAAGCGUCCGACUUGGGGAAUAUCUCGGAGACCGAUGUGCGCGUUAAACCGAGCGAGCCUCGCCUGGCUUUCAGCGAGGAAGGCAAGAGAGUCAGCCAGGUUCCGAAAGUAAAAUGGAAACUCCGUGCGGGGUACCGGCAAGUGAGCGAGCUGGAGAUGCUUCCCGCCGCCGAAGAGCAAGCGGCGCUCGAGCGUGGCGGAGACCUUCCGAGCGCGGCCCCUGCGCAGGAGCCUACGAGCCCUGCAUGUGAGGUGCCGCUGCCUGCUGAAGAGAAUGCGGCCCUCGAUAUCGAGGAGAACGUUCAGCUAGGUGGGGAAUCCUCGGUGCCGGAUGAUCCGGUAUCGAAAGCGGAAGAAAGCACUGAAAAAGAAGAGGCUAGUGAAGUAGGAGAACAUCAACACGAAGAAAGUCCGAUGUCCGCAGACGGUCAGGAGGAGGAAAAUAAUCUGGUCGACGGGUCAGCUGUUGAGGAACUCUUAGUGGAUGAAGACGCCGCUGUGGAUAAUCAAGAGCCUGCAGAGGUUGUGUCUGCCGAUAAGACUCUAGAAAGCUGUAUAUCUGCUCCCGAAAGCUCUGCUGAUGUCCCGGGAGAAGCGCCUGCCCGCGCAGAAGAAGAACAGCCUGCGGCGGAACCAGAAAACCCAGAUGAUAAUAAUGUAAGCGAGACGGUCGACUUACCAAACUCUGCUUCAAAACCAUUUCACAGAAGAAGUUCUGUACGGCGACGGCGGCGAAGAUCUCAUCUCGGACGUUCCCAAAACAGAAAGAAGGCAGUGGCUCAGAGAUACCUGUCCGACUCUAAAGACUCCGAGAGCAAGGCACAGGCGCCGCCGCCGCAGUCUUCCAAAACGCCGGAGCCCGCAAAAAGCGGGGGCCUAAAAAACAUUCGUAGUGAUGGCGUGCCCUUAGCGAGGGCCCGCCCCCCACGGGUCAUUAAAACCCCCCAACGCUUUAUGUACGACCCCCCAUCCCCUCCCACCGCUGGACUCCAAGCGAAGCCCGCUCCCUUAAUGCCAGACGCCGAGACGAAUGAGAGCAGCUUGACGGACUUGGACCCGGAGUCCCUCUCCGAUGCACUCCCUUCCCUUUCAGACCCCUGCCUCGGUCUUUUUAACGAUGAGCACCUCCACUGUUUGCUGCCCCCCCUCUCCCCCCGCACGGACUCCACCCCGACGUGCUCCUCCGUGUCCUCGGCAGCUUCUUCACCUUCAGUGCAGUCCUGUACCCCGACGCCAAACGAAAGCAAGAGGAAGAACAUCUUGCGCGCGCCCACCUUCUGUUGGAAUUCGUUUAGUGUCUCUGCGGCCGAGUCGCUGCCCACCGCGAGCCCUCCGAAGCCCCUCUUUCGUUUGCCAUCCCCGGGGUCUCCCGAGGAGCCCCUGCAACCCGGUUCACCUGCAUCUGCUCCGCCGUCCCCUCUCACCACUCAGAUCAGUCCUAAGUUGGAAUCUGUCAAGCGCUCUCCCAUUCUCCGUGCUCCCCAGUUCACUCCGAGCGAAGCCCACCUAAAAAUCUACCAGUCUGUCUCUUUACAGGACACCGAAGCCAAAGCCUUGUCUGCAGACCUCGGUCUGGGGGCCGCAGCCGUGGCCCCCGUCCCCGAGGUUCCUGCGAGUCCUUGCGCAAAACAGAGCGACUUGCAGAGCGGCAGCCGUAGGGCGAAUCACUUGGCUCUGCCUCUGUUUGUUGACCCUGCUCUGGAAAAGAUGGACGACGACGUCUGUGACUCUGCCGCCCUGGUGUUGGCGGAAUCCAGCCAGGACUUCCUGGAGCAGUCGCUGUCUCUCCCUGAUCCGUUGGACAUCUUGAACAUGGAGUCUCCCGGUCCUGCCCUCUCCUUGCUAGAAACCGAACCCGGCGAGGUGUCGGAAAUGCCCCUUCCGGACGCCGUUAAACCGGAGCCGGUGCACAGCCGCCUGGCGGUCCGUAAGAUGACCCUCCGACGGAGAUCGCCCUCUUCUCUUUCGUGGAAGAGCGUUUCUGCUCCUCCGAGCGAGCCCCUUCUGUCGGGCACAGACCAGAAGGUGAUUAGUCUCCUGGAGAAGGCCAAGCGGCAGCUCAUUAAGAUCGAUAAGCAGAAGAGCGCAGAGAUGGGCAUGGCUGCCGAUUCCCCUAAAGACUCUGCGUCUCCUCUUACGCGUGCGGACAACAGACCCGGCGCUCCUGUGGGACAGUGCCAAGACUCUCCGCUCCAGGGGCCGCGGAUUAAACAUGUCUCUAGGCAUCCUGCCAUGCCCUUGGGGCAGCCCCGCGCGAUGAUACCGGAAGAUAUCCCAAGGCUUAGCGCUCUUCCCCCGAGUGAAAGAGAGGCCGACGUUCCUUCCGCUGAGGUGGCAGCUGCAGCGGUAGAGGACACCUCGUCCGCCUCUGAGCCCGAGAGCCGGGCCGCGAGGCCGAAGGCGGUGAAAGCCAUGGUGCGGAGGGCCGGUUCGCUGUCGAGGCGGAGGCUCCGGAUGGGCCGCUGCGGCGCCUGCAAGGGCUGCGAGGUUAUGGACGACUGCGGGAAGUGCGUGAACUGCCUGGAUAAGACCAAAUUCGGCGGCCCCAACACCAAAAAGCAGUGCUGCGUGAAGCGGCGGUGUGAAUUGAUCGAGGCUCGACGGCAAGAGAGAGUGCAAAAGAAAGGUCGGAAGGUGGUCCGAGCGCAGCCUCGGCGAGACAGUCAGGCGGUGACGCGAGACAGUCCCACGGAGUCCGACGACACGUUUCCCGACGCGGGCCGCAAAGAAGAAGCGGACGUUUCUGACGUAACGGACAAUCCGAUGCUCCAGCGCAAGUCUUCUCGCCGGUGCGUCCGGCAGCGUCCGUGCUACGGCGUCUUCCCCGACUCGGAGGACUCCGACUAUAACCCGAGACCCAGCGUUCCCCGGCGGAAGCAACGCAAGGAACCUGAUUUACCCCCCCAGGAACCGGAGGAGCCAAGUAAACCCCGAAGAAACCCUGCGCAGCCUGUGAUACUUAGAGCCCGGAAAGGUCCUGAGCAGGAGUCUGUUUUGCCAGGAGGAUCGUCCAAGUCAAAGUUGGCAGAUGGGACGCGCCGACUGCGCGUUGAUUUUAAGGAGGACUGCGACUUACAGAACGUGUGGUUAAUGGGAGGACUCAGCGUCCUCACCUCGUUUCCCGUGAAACCAUCGCUCGUAUGCCUGCUGUGUGCGAGCCGAGGGCGGCAUAAGCUCCUGCACUGCCAGGUGUGCUGCGAGCCUUUCCACCCGUUCUGUCUGGAGCCGUCCGAGCGGCCCCUGCCCGAGCAGGAAGAAAGCUGGUGCUGCCGCCGCUGCAAGUUCUGCAACGUGUGCGGCCGCAAAGGAAAAUCCAAAAAGCCUUUGCUGCAAUGUGAACUGUGCCAGGCGAACUACCACGUCAACUGCUUAGGGCCCAAUUACCCCGUGAAGCCCCCGCGGAGCAGGAAAGGCUGGAUCUGCUCCGCUUGCGUUCGCUGUAAGAGCUGCGGGGCUUCUCCGGCGGUGGAAGAGGACGCGGAGCUGUCCGAAGGCAAAAGCCUGUGCACCGAGUGUACUGCUCUCUACGAGAAAGGGAACUUCUGCCCCAUCUGUAUCCGUUGCUAUGAGGAGAAUGACUACGAAAGCCAGAUGAUCCAGUGUGUUAAAUGCGACAAGUGGGUGCACUCAAAGUGCGAGGGGCUUUCUGACGAAGGCUACGAGAUCUUGUCUAACCUGCCCGACAGCGUGGUGUACACGUGCCCUCCGUGUCUUGGCGACAAUAAUGCAAUGUGGCGGGAAGCCAUGCUGUCCGAGCUGGCUGGUGGGCUUCAAGAGGUGGUUCAGGGAAUAAUGACCUCCAAACAUGCUGCCCCUCUGCUGCGGUGUACCGAGUGUUCCGGCGGCAGUAAGUGUCCCCGCUCCCCGUGCGACCUGCAGUCCUUGGCGCAGCUUUUGGAAGGCGGCCACUACAGCUCUAUAAGCACUUUUAAUGACGACCUGAUAUGGAUCAUCCAGAACAAAAUCCAGCAGAAGAGCGGCGAGUUGGAAAGCGACGGGGACGCAGUGAAGAGCUUGUAUCUCAAGCUUAUGGAGAAAUGUUUCAGCUGGUUCCGCGUCGAAGAGUCUAAACAUUGGGGGGAAAGCUGCCAACCCGAGACCAAAGGUGUCCUCCCCAAGGCCGUGAUGCCCCCCUCCUCUGACCAUACCUACGCGUGUUGGCGGGGCAAAGCACACGAGUCUCCCUCAAGCAACGGGGUAUCGGAGCACCCGGCUUCCCCUCCGGAAGUGAAGAAAGAAGUGGAUGAAGACCUGAGCUGCGGCGCAGACCCUGAGGAGGACAACCGGCAGUGUGUCCUCUGUCUUAAGUUUGGAGAUGAUGACCCAAAGGACGCCGGGAGGUUGCUGUACAUCGGCCAGAAUGAGUGGACUCACAUCAACUGCGCUAUCUGGUCGGCCGAGGUGUUCGAGGAGAACGACGGGUCGCUGAAAAACGUCCACGCGGCCGUGGCUCGCGGGAGGCAGAUGCGUUGUGAAUAUUGCUCGAAAAUCGGUGCUACCGUCGGCUGCUGCCUGUCCACCUGUCUCAGUAACUUCCACUUCAUGUGCGCUCGGGCCAGCCGCUGCAACUUUCAGGACGACAAGAAGGUGUUCUGUCUGAAGCAUAAAAAAAUGCUCGACGGCACGACCGUGGCCGCUGACUCUUUCGAUGUCCUCCGGAGAGUCUACGUGGACUUUGAAGGAAUCAGCUUUAGAAGGAAAUUUCUUCAGGGCCUGGAGCCCGAGAACGUUCACUUGAUGAUCGGUUCCAUGAAGGUUGAUAGUCUGGGGAUGCUGUCGGACCUGUCGGUCUCUGAGGGGAAGAUUUAUCCUGUUGGAUACGAGUGUUCGCGGCUGUACUGGAGCACGUUGGAUGCGCGGCGGAGGUGCUGGUACAAGUGCCGGGUUCUUGAGCAUCGCCCGAGAGAUGGAGAAGCACACCUUGAGGGAGACGAGGACCCGAGUGAGAACAGGACGAUCGUUCAUAGUCCUCUCUCCAUUCCAGACGCAAAGCUUAAAGAAGCCGCCUUCCUCUCGCCGGGCGCGGAUACUUUCACGCACGGUCAGCCUCCGUCUCUGGAGCCGGCCACCACCGCAGCUGCUCCCCGCUUCUUUUCCGGUGCCCGGAUAAAAACUCCCAACUACUCUCCUUCACGAAGACCUCUCGGGGGCUCGCGACCUCUCCCUUCACCAGGGAGUCCCUCUUCGUCUCCGUUAUCCCAUCACAUUUUGACAGUCAGCGACCCAGAAGUUACCCCGCUUCGUCGGACCAGAAGGCCAGCCCCACCUGCCCGGUUAACUCGGCAGUCUUCUGGCCGACAUUCAAAGGAUUCGACCAGCCCGGUGCAAUCGCCUCCGACCUGUCAACUUACGCGACCCACGUCGCCCAAGAGCGAGACGCCGGUGCAGCUUGUGUGCGGGGCCGCGGACGUGGAGGUAGAUGGGGGGCUGGUGACGGGGCCUUUGCAGUGCGGGGCUCAAUUGGUUGUUGGGACCGAGUCCAUGGCUGACGAGUCGGAAGGCGCCAGCAGCUCGGAGGAGGAGAACGGAGAACGCUACUACGAGUUGACGAGGACCGUCGUGUCCAAAGAACCGUUCAGCCCUCUGCUCUCCUCUUCGUCGUCCGGCCGUAUUCAGCAGCUGGAUGGGAUCCACGACAGCACAGACAGCGAGGAUGGCUCUCAGGGCCCGCGCGGCAUUGUGGGUAACGGGAAGGCUCCUUCUCACCUUCCUUCUGACAUCGCUGACUUUGUGUUGAAGAACACUGGAAAAGCCGACGUGAAGGCUUCCUCCCAGGAGCUGGCACAGCCGGCGCUCUCCGCUCCGGAUCCAUCCUCCUCUUCAUCCACGCAGAAUGGCAAUUCUUCUACUUCGCUUUCCAACGGCACGGACUGCGCUCCCUAUCCGUCCUCUAAGGGACCUCCGCCUCUCAGGGACCCGCCGCAACUGCAAAGGGUUUGCCAUCCGCCAAUUGCCAUCCCCCAAAGCCCUUUAUGCCCUCCGGAGGCACCGAUGGUGACUGUUUUCAAGCCGGAAUCUAAGAUCAUUUUGGUCAAUAAAACGGGGCCGGUAAUUCUGAAGUCUGCACUCGGCCAACUUCCUAUCAUGCAGCAGCCACCCAAAGCGGAGCAGCUCCCCAAUUCCAUGCCUGUCAGGGCUCCUGCCCCGCGGCCUAUAAGAGCUGCCUGUAAAACUCCUAUGCCUAGUCUUCCUCAUCCUCCUCAGCCUCCUCGCUCGCUGCUGCCUCCGCUAACUCCUUCCUCCCACCUUAACACAGUUUUCCUGCAGGCGACUGCAUCCUCGCCCAUGACUCCGGGUCAGUCAUGGACUCUGCGUGGUCCUCUGCUCAGCGUUCUUCCCAUGCUCAAUGUUGUGCAGAGCGCUGGGCAUUUAACUUUGGGAGGUCCAGCUUUAAUGACCCCAACCAUUACCAGCAUCCCCCAGACGUGUCUCCUGCAGGGCGUUCCGGUGAGUUCGGGCCUGUUGGGUGUUGCCCCCGCGCCUGUUAAUCCUUCCCCGCAGCCUGUGGCCCAGGCCCAGCCGCCGCUUCCACUGAUACAGCCUGUACCCACUGCCAUCCUCCCCCUGAAGAGACCCUGCACCUCAGUCAACGGCAACCCUGUCAAGAAGCUCAAAGCCGAAAAGACGGACGGGCCGAAAGCAGAGAAAAUAGACCUCCCGGCGCUCGCCAAAUCCGCCGGAACAAACCUCAACUCUGUCUCGAGGUCUCCGGUUAUCAGCAGACCAAAACGGGCCAGAAUCAAAGCUCCGAUGCUCCAAGACGUGCUGAACCUCGACUCCACGAAGGAGGAACAAGCCUUGUGUAACGAGCUGUUCGUGGACCUCACUGUGGACGUGAAAGUCGAAGAUUCCCCACAUCCGUCGCCCAAAGAAUCUCCUUGUUCCGAAGGAAGCGAAGGGUUUGUUUCCGGUUUCGAGGAUUUCUAUUCCCAGGAAGAGGAGAAUCAGAUGGCGAAAAAAAGUGGUCCGCACCUCCGCUUCGAAAUAAUCAGCGAGGAUGGGUUCUACGUUCAGUCUGACAGCGCCGAAGGUGCAUGGAAGGCUGUUCUAGAGAAGGUCCAAGAAGCUCGCGGAGUGGGAAGACUCAGACACUUGUCUUACUCAGGUUUGAGCGGCGCUCGGAUGCUCGGGAUCCGGCACGAUGCCGUUCUCUUCCUGCUGGAGCAGCUCAUCGGUGCCGAACGCUGCCGGGGGUACAAGUUCCUCUUUCACCCCCAAGAAGUGGAAGAGGAAGAGCUUCCCACGAACCCAUCCGGCUGCGCCCGCAGCGAGUUCUAUGUCCGGAAAAGCACCUUCGAUAUGUUCAACUUCCUGGCGUCUCAGCACCGCACGCUGCCCGAGAUCGGCCCUUGUGAGGAAGAGGAGGAGGAAGUGCAGCUAAAAUCCACAAGACGAGCGACCAGUCUGGAUCUGCCGAUGGCGAUGAGAUUCCGGCACCUGAAGAAGACCUCCAAGGAGGCGGUCGGCGUGUACAGGUCGGCGAUCCACGGCCGGGGUCUGUUUUGCAAAAGGAACAUUGACGCGGGAGAGAUGGUGAUCGAGUAUUCCGGAAUCGUGAUCCGCUCGGUGCUGACGGAUAAGAGAGAGAAGUACUACGAUGGAAAGGGGAUCGGCUGUUACAUGUUCCGUAUUGACGACUUUGACGUGGUUGACGCCACCAUGCACGGCAACGCCGCCCGUUUCAUCAACCACUCGUGCGAACCAAACUGUUACUCUCGGGUGAUCCACGUGGAGGGCCAGAAGCACAUCGUGAUCUUCGCCCUGCGCAGCAUUUACCGCGGCGAGGAGCUCACCUACGACUACAAAUUUCCUAUAGAAGACGCCAACAAUAAGCUGCCCUGCAACUGCGGCGCCAAGAAAUGCCGGCGGUUCCUCAACUGAUCUCCCGGUCGCCGCGUGGAGCGGGACUUCCGGCCCGGGGGGUGCUGGCACCUCCAAAACCGCACGUUGGACGAGACGGGAACGCUCCGUUCUGGGGU